GCGCGCUCAUUGGCGGAGAGGAAACCAUGGCAGCGCGGUGCAGCGGUGAUUGGUGGUUGCACCGGGGAGGGCUGGGCCCAUCCUCGGAUUGGCCGGGUCCCGUAGCCGUUCCGGACGGGGUCUCGGUGCCCGCCGGCUUGCGGGGGGGCAGGCCGGGCGGGACCGCCGGCGACAGGGGAGCGGGGCCGGCUCGGACACACUGCCCGGGCGGGCGAGACCGCGGCGGUGCAGGGCGGGCCGGGACACACUGCCCGGGAAGGAGCGGGGGAGCGGGGCAUGCCGGGAUGUGCUCCCCAGAGGGGCUGCGGGGCAGGGCAUGCCGGGAUGCGCUCCCCGGAAAUAGCGGGGCAUGCCGGGAUAUACUCCCCUGAGGAGGCCGUGGAGGCAGUGCAUGCCGGGAUACACUCCCGGAAAUAGCGGGGCAUGCCGGGAUAUACUCCCCUGAGGAGGCCGUGGAGGCAGUGCAUGCCGGGAUACACUCCCGGAAAUAGCGGGGCAUGCCGGGAUAUACUCCCCGAGGAGGCCGUGGAGCAGGGCAUGCUGGGAUGUACCGUGGCGGCGGAGCGGGGCGUGCUGGGUGGUGACCCCGGUAGCCGGGGGCAAUGGGACGAGCUCCCCCAGCGCCGGCCUGGCCAGGGUGGUCCGCGGAAAGCCUGGCCCGCGCGCACGGAGCCUUCGAGGCGUUCAGCCCCGCCUGGAAGGAAACCCGGACCUUCCCGGUGGGCUCUGACUGCCCGUCGUUGCCGCCUCUUGCUGAGGCCUUCCAGGCCGCGGUGCGGCUGUCGGCGUUCCACGUGCGCGAGCCCCUGCAGCGGGAGACCCGCCGGCUGGCUGUGGGGCGCCGCGCCGAGAGGCUGAUCCUGAGCGCCCGGAGAAACACCGCGUGCGCGGCUACGGAGAGCGACCUGCGGAGGAUGCGCACCGCUGUGAGCAGCUUUGUGCAGCCAGACCUGCUGCCUCAGCUCCACGUUCACUGGCUGCUCAAUGAUAAGAUUUGGGCCAUGCACAGACAGAGGAGCUGGGUGGAAAGCAGUGACUAUUUUAGGGACCUGGAGAUCAUCCCCCGGGGCAUAAGCCAGGUGUUCUGCACUGGAUUUCCUCUGGAGACCCGCAUCACUUCUUUAGCGAAGCACUACCAGAAGUGUGUUUCCAGGAGUCCUCCCGAUGCUGUGGUGUGCCCCACUAGCCAUCCUAAUCAGUAGGUUACUCAAACAGCCCUUCAGAGCCUGCCUGCCUUGAGUUCACCUCUAGCCCCUCUUAAUCCCGCAGCAGCAUGCCAGAGUGAGCCGUCUCAGAGCUCCCUUUCGGCCUCUCCCGGCACAGUGCCAGCUCACCAGGAAUGGCCUGUGCAAAGUGCCCUUGCAGCUGUGAAGGAUCCCCUGGUCGUUCUUCAGGCUCCCCUGGCAGCUCCUUUGCGCCCCUUCGUUCUUCAGAGCCAGCCUGCCAGCUCGCAGACUCUCCUUUUCCAGAGUGAGCCAGGAAGCCCUCAGACCUCGUUAGAUCCGUCAUCUCAUGCAGCUAAACUGGAGGUCACAGAAAACCCGGAGGGUGACAGUGAUGAGGAGAGUAACCGAAAGACUGAGGAGCGCAUCAAGCGGUCUUUGAGUGGCAUUUGCACGGAGCCUGCUGCCAGGCUGUGCCCGAAUGAGUUUGCAGUGGUUCAGAAGUCCGUGCAGCUGAUCGGCACCAGUGAGGACACUGUCAGUACGCAGGUCCUCGAAGAUGUGCACAGAGUGGACCAGAAGGGUCUGAACAGCUGCACUUGCCAUUUUAACCAGAGGCUCCGGCUGCCCUGCCGGCACAUCCUGGCUGUGCUGCACUCGGACAGAGGCACCGCACAGCCAGAGGUGCUGAGCAGGCAGUGGCAGAGAGGAUGUGACGCCCGUCGGGCAGGGUGGGAUGGCACCGAGGGCCUCCUGGAGCUUCUGAAAAGCUCCUGCAGUGAGUCUUUGGAUAUCCUGGUAGUGUCCUUCCUUACAGCAGAGAUCAGCCGGCUGCUCGCCCACUGCAGCGACGAGGUUGAGCGCAGACACAGCGCUCCGCGAGAGCUGGCUGACGGCUGGGUUGGGCCUUAUGUUCAGGUGGAGCGGUAACAGAGACCUGGGGAGCUGAACUGCCGUGUUGCUUUUGCAGGUGCCUGUGCUGCACCUGGAGCCCUUGGGAGAAAUGGGGUAUCAAAUAUUACAGAAAGGUCUGUUUAUAAUUCUA